AUGAAGGUGUCUGAAAAAUUGCAGAAAAACCUCGAGUCUAACGAGAAGUCGAAAGCUACUUUCUCGUUUGAGUUUUUUGUUCCAAAGACCUCGCAAGGUGUUCAGAACCUGUACGACAGAAUGGACAGAAUGUACCAAACCCGUCCUCAAUUCAUCGACAUCACGUGGAAUGCAGGAGGCAAGCUCUCGCAGUUGUCCACGGACUUGGUGUCAACCGCACAGUCCGUGCUGGGACUCGAGACAUGCAUGCAUCUUACUUGCACAAAUAUGCCUGUUCAGCUAAUCGACGAUGCGCUUGAGAAAGCGUACGCCUCGGGCUGCCAAAACAUCUUGGCAUUGAGAGGAGAUCCACCCGUGACCACUGGUGAAUGGAAACAAUGCGAGGGCGGAUUUGCCUACGCCAAGGAUCUGGUUAGCUACAUUCGCCAAAAAUACGGUGAUCAUUUCGACAUCGGUGUUGCUGGAUACCCAGAGGGCCAUCCCGAGGAGGAAGCUACCCCACAACUAAUCGAGUUCUUGAAAGAAAAAGUCGAUGCCGGAGCUAAUUUCAUCAUCACGCAAAUGUUCUACGACGCUGACAUAUUCAUUGAUUGGUGCCGCCAAGUCCGUGAGGCGGGCAUUGAUGUUCCCAUCAUUCCAGGUAUCAUGCCCAUUACCACUUAUGCAGCCUUCAUGCGCAGGGCCAAUUGGUGCCAGAUCCAUAUUCCGGACGACUUCAUGUCCAAGCUAGACGCAAUCAAGGAAGACGACCAAGCUGUUCGUGAAAUGGGAACCCAACUUCUCACAGAAAUGUGUCAGAAACUCUUAGAUAGCGGCUACGUGACACAUCUGCACAUGUACACUAUGAACUUGGAAAAAGCGUCCUUGAUGAUCUUGGAUAAACUUGGCCUGCUAACGGAAGAGGAAGAUAUUUUCAGAGACGAGGUCUCUCCAAUGCCUUGGAGAAGGUCGCUGCACCCACAGCGUAGAAACGAGUCCGUGCGUCCUAUUUUCUGGCAAAGAAGACCUUACUCGUACGUGGCUCGUACCUCAGAGUGGUCCGCGGACGAAUUCCCUAACGGUAGAUUCGGAGACUCUUCGUCGCCCGCAUUCGGUGAUCUGGAUUUGCUGGGAUCGAGCUUGAUCAGACAGUCGCCUCAACGUGCGCUCGAAUUGUGGGCAACGCCUACCAGUAUCACCGACAUUUCCAAUUUGGUCAUCGGCUACUUGCAAGGCAAAAUCAAAUGUCUGCCUUGGUGUGAUGUGGCUCUAAAUCAUGAAGUCGACACCAUCAUGCCUCAGUUAUUGGACUUGAACAAAAACCACAUUGUUACUUUGAACUCUCAGCCUCGUGUAAGCGGGAUCAGCUCCAGCGACAGCGUCCUUGGCUGGGGCCCAAACAACGGCUACGUUUUCCAAAAAGAGUACCUGGAGUUUUUGCUGCCCAAGUCCAAACUACCACAGUUCACCGAGAUCAUUGGCGACAACACCAGUCUGACCUACUUCGCCGUCGACGCCUCAGACAAGCUCUACUCGAACCAUCCAGAUGACACCGCGGCCAACGCGGUCACAUGGGGUAUUUUCCCCGGCCGCGAAGUGUUGCAGCCCACGAUCGUGGAAAAAGUGUCAUUUUUGGCUUGGAAGGAGGAAUUCUUCCACAUUUUGGAUGAGUGGCAACUCAUCUUGGCCCAGGACGGCCACACCGACAGCGCUGCGCUUCUAGACACCAUUAUUCGCGAUUAUGCUUUGGUGAACAUCGUUGAUAAUGACUUCGUCACUGUUGGCGACCGCAUCCACGAUCGUCUCAAGCUCUUGUACUGA